GUUCAUGGACUGAAUAAAUGAUGUCCAGUGAACUUUUGUCUCGAUUGUACAAAGGUAGUCAACUAAUCAGCAGUGUUAAAGUGACCAGACCAGACCUAAUAAUAGCUCGGUCAGUUCCUCAUAAGCUCCAUGACUAUCCUUGCUCGGAUGUUUGUUGUGAGACACGGAGAGACGGACUCAAAUCGCAACAGAAUCGUACAGGGUCAGCUAGAUACACCGCUCAAUGCCACUGGUCUUGCACAAGCUGCGAUGACUGCAGAGGCGCUCAAAUCUGUCUCCUUCGACAAAGCUUUUACGAGUGAUCUCCAGCGAGCUUCUAAGACUGCAGAGAGGAUUCUCCAGUGCCACACUGACAUCGAAUUGGUCCAAGACAGCGCGUUGCGAGAAAGGGUGAGGGUCGAAUUUAACUUCGAACUGUUGAAAAGUUGGUCAUUUAUUGAACAGUUUAUGGGCGAGAUGCAAGGCAAGAAGGGGCCAGUCGACAUGACAGGAUUGAGUGACUUGUCCUCGAUAGAAACGGACGACGCUUUUGUCCAACGAUGCAUCACUUGGUAUAAUCGGGUGAUAGUACCGAACAUCUCCGUCACCAAACCUGACGUCUCAGAGGGCCAAUGUCGGAACAUACUCGUAUCAUCGCACGGGGCGUUUAUAGCUACGCUCUUUCACAUCAUGAUCUCCACUAACCAUGUUACGUGUCCCGCAGAGUUGAAGCUUAGAGGCCUUCCUACAUUAGGCAAUGCCAGCAUAUCCAUAGUGGAAUACAGGACGGUUCUAAGAGGGAAGCAUAGAGAGGUGGAAGCUGACAUAUUGAAGUACGGGGAUAUUUCCCACUUGUGUGGACUGCGUGUCAUGGAAGAAAAUGUAGAUGUAGAAAUCGAUCAAUCGUAGUUGACGCCUCUGCCAAUUGAACACCCAUUUUGUUACCACCGCGCGCAUUGUCAGCGACAAUAACAUUGAGAUGGAAAGAUCCCGCUAUCAAGACAAAGUCGCAAGAUCAACGGUAGAGCGAACAGAAAUUUGAUACACACUCGACGUCCAACACACUUAGUAAUUCCACCUCAUGUCUUUCUCUGCUGCUUGUCCUCUUUCUCGCCUUGAUU